UUCGACUUUCCACAGCAGCAAUCAACCCUAGAAGAAGAAGAGCCCUAAUAUAAAACCCUAAUUUUCAGCUUCUUCCAGUAGGUAAGUCGUUCGGUUCGUUGCAGCCUCUGAGAAGAAGAAGCAUCAGGACGAAGCCGCUCGCCCUCUGCCCUCAAAAAUGUCGUUGGUAGCGAACGAAGAUUUCCAGCACAUUUUGCGUGUGCUUAACACAAAUGUUGAUGGGAAGCAGAAGAUCAUGUUUGCUCUUACUUCCAUCAAAGGUAUUGGCAGGCGUUUCGCCAACAUUGUCUGCAAGAAAGCCGAUGUCGACAUGAACAAGAGAGCUGGUGAAUUAACUGCUGCUGAGCUGGACAAUCUCAUGGUCGUUGUUGCGAACCCCCGACAGUUCAAAAUUCCUGAUUGGUUUUUGAAUAGGCAGAAGGACUAUAAGGAUGGAAAGUAUUCACAGGUGGUAUCAAAUGCUCUUGAUAUGAAGCUGAGAGAUGACUUGGAGCGUUUGAAGAAGAUCAGGAACCACCGUGGUCUGAGGCAUUACUGGGGUCUUCGUGUCCGUGGUCAGCACACCAAGACUACGGGUCGCCGAGGGAAGACUGUUGGUGUCUCUAAGAAGCGUUAAAAUCUCUCUUUUUUCUGUUUUGCAAGCAAAAAUUUUCUGUUGGAUGCAAUAUUAGAUUAAUGCAAUUAGUCCUUUGAGAUUGGGUUUGAACCUUUUUGGAUUUGGUUGGGGGGUUUCUGAAGCCUCUGCCAGGUUAUGUUUUAUAUCGGUCAUUCAUUUUUGCUCGUUAUAAUAGAGAUUGAAAUCCCAGUUGAGUUUAUUUAUUUA